UGCGAAGCAAAAUGCACAGCUUGGGAACCACGAGCUGCAGAGAUCGAGGAGGGGGCUCUUCAAUCAUCACUCACAAACAAUGAACGGAAAGGCAGCAGACGCCCAACCUAACCCAACCUGAAGCCAAGAUGAACAGCCAACAAUCCAUAUCGCUAGAGGACCAGACAGCGGACACCCUGCGCCAUUGGGACCGUCUUCGAACAGAUCCAGCAACCUUCGGUGUCACUCAGACCGAACUGCACGAAGAGUCCAAUGUGAUUCGUCUGUCAAUACUACUAGUAGAAGACCAAGACGGCGGUGCGGAUGUUCGUCUGUGUCAUUUGACGAGCAUGUUGCCAUCUACCAGCGAUGAUCAGGGAACUCUUCAACCCAAUUAUGGCUUGUACACGGAAGGCGCUGGACUGUUAGCUCUCCUACAUUUCAAUCAACGUGAUACUUCUAUAGUCCCGGACCUGGGUCGGCUACGAAAUACCUGCAACGUCCAACUCACCAUGAGUUUUGGGAAUACCCAGUUUUCUCCCAUUGAGGCUUGCCGUGUGCUGGCGCACGAAGUGGAUCCCAUUGAUCGACCUCACUCUCUCGAGCAACCGCAUCCAAUAUCUCUGGUGGGAGCCACCCGAAGCGCCGUCACAGGACCUCUAUCUACAUUGGCCAGUGUCUUCGAGUUGCCAGUGGUCAGUUAUGGAUCCACCAGUUCCCAACUCAAUUCACGAGCGAGCUACCCGUACUUUGGACGUACGGUACCAACCAAUCAAGGGGAUGCCAUUGCGGCGGCGCAAUAUUUUCGACAAGUGCUGGGGGUCACGCACAUGGGGACUUUUUUCAUCAAGGAUGGCUUUGGAUCCGCCUUUCACAAAGAAUUUGUUUCGGCCGCCAAAAACACACUGAAUCCACCCAUGACCAUGCUCAGUGUACCCUACGAUCCCAAUGGGAGUGAGGAAGAAAUCCGACGGGCAGUGCAACAACUAAAGGAUUCGGGGUAUGAAUUCUUUUAUGGCAUUAUCAGCACACCAACCUACAAUACAGUGAUGCGACAGGCCCACGCCGUGGGGGUGGCAGGGCAUCCGGGGAAAACAUGGAUAUUAUCGGGAGAUUCGGGGCAAAUCUUGGGGACCGAUUACGCAUAUGAUGCUGCUACAGAAGGGGACUUGGCAGCCGCCACGAGCGGUAUGGGAGUGAUUAGUUUGAAUAUCCCACACAAUCAGGCGUUUGACGAGGCAUGGAGUAUGCUGGAAGGAAAUAGAGCCAUCAAAGACUAUUUUGUUCAGAAACACAGCCCGUUACUGAACUUUAGCGAGUUUCAAUUUUACGACGCACCAACCUACUGGGACUACUUGCAAUAUGAUGCCGUAAUGGCAUUGGGGUUUGCGGCUUGUGAAGCACAACAAGAGUUCUUCACUGGGUCUCAACUCUUUGAUUCGAUGAUGAAAACGUUGUUCCGUGGCGCCUCCGGCGUUGUAGAGUUUGACGCAAAUACAGGGACGAGAAAGACUUCCAGUCUUGCCUACAAGGUUACCAAUGUCGUGGCGAGGCCACCGGAUGCGAAUGGCAAGAUCUAUUUUGAUACCGCUGAUACAAGGAUACAAGAUCCUUCACUCAACAAUUCGUGGAUAUUGAUUCCGGGUGCUCCCGCAUAUGUCUAUUCUGACGGCACAACGACAGCUCCGCCUGCAUUGCCACUCCUCGAAGAGAACCAAAAUUUGAUUGGAGUCGGGAUCCUGGUAACAGGCUUGGUUCUGGGAAUCAUGUGUGUGGUCUUGUCCGCACUGUCUGCCGCAUGGGUGCGAUUGUAUCGCGAUUCCCAAGCGGCGCGUAUGGCACAACCAUUCUUCCUUUUUAUCAUCUGUUUGGGAACGUUCUUGAUGGCCCUCGCCGUCAUACCCAUGAGCUUUCAGGAACCAAUGCCGAAAGCCGUUUUGGAUGCCGGGUGCAUGUCGAUACCUUGGUUGUUCAGUUCAGGAUUUGUCAUUGCGUUUUCCGCUCUCUUGUCCAAGACUCUCAGAAUCUAUCAACUGAUGCAAGGUGGCAAAUCCUUCCGACGCGUAGUAGUUGCUGCAAGCGACGUCAUGCGCCCUUUUCUGGUCUUGGGUACCCUCAAUGUCAGCCUAUUGGUUGCCUGGACAAUUGCGUCCCCGCUUCGGUGGACUCGCGUUGAAUUGCAAAACUAUGACGAAUUCGGUCGCAACACAGACAGUUACGGCUCCUGUCAAAGUGAAAAUGAAACUUUGCAGCACGCUUUUGCUUGGCCUAUAGUUGCGGUGGACUUGAUUGCUUUGGUCUUGGCCAAUGUCUACAAUUAUCGCGCUCGAACAAUAUCCGACAAGCUGCACGAAGCCGGUUCCAUUGCCCUUUCCUUGGCCAUCAUGCUGGAAGCUGCGUUGAUAGGAAUCCCUGCAAUGUUGGUGGUGGAGCAGAACCCCUCCGCUUACUUUCUUAUCCGGUCAGUGUUGGUGUCCAUCGUCUGUGGUGCUAUUCUACUUCCGAUGUUCAUCCCCAAAUGGCAGGCCACUUUGUUGAAGGAUGAAUCGGAGACACGGCCAGCCGGUGGGAUGAGAGCCAACAUGAUGUCCACAGUAUUCAUCAGUCCGCAACAACACGGAGGCACCGUUGCUGCCAUUCGCUCAGUGGCACUGGAGAGUCGAAUGUCUGGUUUGGGGAGUAGUCGUGGUAACUUCCAAUACCCGGCUACUGGCGCUGCCUCUGGCCUUGCUGCUGGAACCUCGGCAAAUCUGUCGGGUAACUUCGGAGCGAAGUACGAAAACGGCGGAACUGACAAGGGUAGUGUUGGCUUCACAACUAAUGAAGUCCCUACAUGGACAGAGAGUUCCGUCAUACCCGAGGGUCCGAUUUCGGCUGGUGAAAUGUCGGCUUCUGAUUCAGAGCAGACUGAAUCACGACAAGGUGAAGAAUCUGAUCCAGAGUCGAUUGCGCAGGUCGAAGAAAGUGGAAGUGAGGAUAUAUUUGUUGACGAACCAGAGGACGAAGCUGGAACGGGCUCUUCAACAGGCAUGGACGACUAUUAUGACAACAUGUACUUUCUGUGACUUCGGAAGCGGCCUGGCGUUUCUGUGCCACGAGCAAAACGAUUGAGUCUUCAAUCAGCCUUUUGCGCUCCCGAAUCUAGCAGCAUGGGUUUGAAGCUGCGUACCGUACCUACUCCACGUUCUCGCUGCGCUGCCUGCCAGCAUAUAAAUAAGCAGUAUGAAUUCAUUCUUCUUUUCUACUAGCUACCGGUACGAGCUCUGUGCGUGACACUUGUCAAGCAUCUUUUCUUUGGGGGGGGGUGCUAGCUUGGAGAGGCUUUCACACAAACAACCUUGCCACCUUGCCACCAAUGACACAAGCUUUUCUGACAACUAGCUCAUGGAUCGUCUCCACCAGAGGCGGACUAUCCGUGCAUAGGGUUCCCGCGACUGCCUUUGACCCGUCUCCUCAUCUUGCCGCAUUGUGUUUGCGUUCGACGAUGGCAGAUUCGAUUGAAUUCCACGAGACGACAUCAUUUCCACUCUUCUUGGAGAUUGAGCUCGUCUUCCCCCUUUCAUGCAUUGGGAACAGCGAAGAAUCGACAUCUUCAGCGGAUUGCAAUUUCUUGUUCGGCGGCAUGGCGCACCGGAGCAAAAUAUGAUAUUGAUGUAAAUUUGAAAGGUGCGCUAGAGUUUGGCGAAUACCUCAUGUACGGUAGGUGUCCUUGCAGCUAAAGGGCAACUUGGUGCA